UCCACCGCAAAAGUUCAAAGCGGCGGUGCCUCAUGUCGCGCGCGUGUCAGCAGUUUACUCGACCCCGCCAUGGAAGCGCUAGAGCAAGCGUGUCAGUGUGUUCAUGACCGUCACCGUCAGUAUCAGCAGACCACGGUCAUGGAGGUGCCGACUGCCUGAAGGCGAAGAGGUGUGCCUACUGAGUGACACUGAUACGACUCAACUUCUGUGGGGUGUGUCUGCAGAGGAGAUCGUGCCGUCGGUGCCACCUAGUGAUGAGAUUGUGUCCUCAGUCGGCGUGCGCGAUAAUGGCGAGUCUUCUCCGAAACAAGUUGUUGCAGUAAAAAAGGAGAUAAAGCCCAGGCGCAAAGGCAGGCAACAUCGGGUACAGCAAAAAAAAGCAAACUUGUGCUCGCAAGGCUCAACCAAAAUUGACUGUACCAAUAGCGGAUGGUUGUAAAUUGGGGGACUGCCCUCACUUAAAAAUUUUAUUGGAAAACUUGAUAAAUGUGAUUAAAGCUCAAAAACUCUGUCAAAAAUUUAUCAAUAAAAUAAAGAAAAUUAAAAAG